CUUGUAGCGAAUAUCACACCCAUCAUCUAUCAGUGGCGCUUUGGAACGCUUUCCCCGAGGAACAAAGGUUCUAUUAUUAAUUUUUCUCGUGCUCCGGUGUUUUGUUCUACCCGUAUUUAAUAUAUAUCACUUUGUUUGUACAUAUUGGGACUGUUAGGAUCUAUUGGACUAUUGUCCGUUUUUUCGGAAGCACUCUAUACACGGCGACAAAGAGCGCUAUUUAUCUUUCUCUAAUGCGCUCCACCUCUUCCGGAGCGGCGCUGUCCUUCAUAGUCGGUACCUCUACUUCUGGAUCCGAUUCCAAACUGGUCAAAAAGGCUGUCCGGUGUUUCCAAAGCACUUGAUUUGUUCAGGGUUCUGUGUUGGCGGCUUAUCUCGCUAUUUUCACCAAAUUUACUUUCAUAAACAAAACCAAAAAACGAAUAAAAUGUCCGCAAUAGGCAAUAAUAUCGAUUAUCAGCAGAACGUCGACUUUGAUCAGGACAUGACAUCACCCUCGCAGGCCAGCCCGCUCACUGCAAUCACAGGAGGAACCGGAGCUGCUAUCCCCGGAGGCAGCGUAAAGAUGUCAAUGGCAUCAAGCAGUGGCACCAGUGGUGUCUCGGACAUCGCAACGCAGAUCCUGACGAAGCCGCGUUUGCAGGAGCUUGUAAGGGAAAUUGAUCCCACAGAACAACUGGACGAGGAGGUGGAAGAAUUAUUGCUACAGAUUGCGGACGACUUUGUUGAAAAUACCGUGAAUGCGGCAUGUCUAUUGGCCAAACAUAGGAAAGUAUCCAAGGUGGAGGUUCGAGAUGUACAGCUGCACCUCGAACGCAAUUGGAAUAUGUGGAUUCCUGGUUUUGGAACUGACGAGUUAAGACCCUAUAAGCGAGCCACCGUCACCGAAGCUCACAAACAACGGCUGGCUCUAAUUCGAAAGGCAAUCAAAAAGUAUUAGGAUCGCUAAAAGAUACUGGGAUUUCUGAGCUACUCCCGAUUGCAGAAACAAGCGUGACAGAAAUUAUUUAAUUUGACUGAUUUAGGAAGAGAAAAAUAUGCGAGAGUGAAAUACUUAUCUGUCCCAAUUAAAGCAACCGGAAUAAAUGCUUUAUUGAAUCACA